AUGAAGGACAAUUCCUCAGUAAUCACAAUUUUGACGCUUUCAGGGGUAAGUGGGACCAAAAACUACCGCCUGGCUCUCUUUCUUCUGACUCUGUUGUGCUACUGUGUGAUCUGGCUGGUUAAUAUGACCAUCAUUGUGACCAUCAUCAUCGACAAAAGCCUUCAUCAGCCCAUGUAUGUAUUCCUCUGUAAUCUGUGUAUUAACGGGCUCUAUGGGACAGCAGGCUUUUACCCAAAGUUUCUCAAGGAUCUCCUGUCGGCCUCUAGUGUCAUUUCUCCCUCUGGAUGUCUUCUGCAGGGUUUCGUUUUGCACUCCUCGGCCUGCGCUGACUUCUCCAUUUUAGCUCUGAUGGCCUAUGACCGAUAUGUGGCUAUUUGUCGACCUCUGGUUUACCACUCUGUGAUGACUAAACAAAGAGUUUGUGUGUUGGCGUUUGUUGCUUGGCUUGUUCCCUUUUAUCUCCUGUCUAUAAGCACAAUAACAACAUCGACGUCAAGGUUAUGUGGCUCCAGGAUCCCAAAGAUCUACUGCAUCAAUUUCUUGGUGGGUAAACUGGCUUGUUCUUUCUCCCUCGCGAUGGUCAUUGUUCCAGGUUUUAAUUACACUUUUUAUUUCGGUCAUGUUCUUUUUGUUAUUUGGUCUUAUGUUUAUCUGAUCAGAACCUGCCUGAACUCUCAGGAGAGCAGGAGUAAGUUCGUGCAAACAUGCCUGCCUCAUUUAUUCUGUCUGAUAACCGUCGUCGUUUCUCUGCUCUUUGAUUUGCUCUAUAUGAGAUUCGGCUCCAAAGCGUUGCCUCCAGGCGUUGGGAAUUUUAUGGCGAUGGAAUUUGUGAUUGUCCCUCCAAUCCUAAAUCCACUCAUCUAUGGUUUGACGUUAACUCAGAUAAGGACCAGGAUUAAACAGGCUCUGUGCAGUAAACCUCUCAAUAUUUAGAUCACUCUUGUCUUUGUGGCGGGACUUCUGUGGUCAGCAGAAACGCCGUUUAUCCUCUUUUCUCUUCAGCCUGUUAGUUAAAUGCAAAGACCCCGCUGCAGACUUGGUGUUGCUGGGCGAUAGAUAUACUUUCACCUCAUGAAUGUUGGACCGUGUCAAUUUAAUUAUACCUGACAAAAUCUGCUGUGUUUUCUUUUUGUUUUUUGAACCAUAGAAAUAGUUUUUUCUUUUUUUCCUGCCAACUAGAAAAGACGAUUCAGUAAAAAUGAUAAAGAUAAAAAAAAAUUCAAAUCCAAACUUUAUGAAUCUGUUAUAAGGUGUGAAAUGUGUGGGGUAGUGGAGGGACUCAUAAAGAAAUAAAGUGAUUAAUACAUUAACAUGUGAACACAGUCAUAACAACACAGCUUUUGCAUGGGAAGACAGAGAAGGGCAGAUUUCCCUUAUCACAACAACAGCAAUACUACUACUACUACUACUACUACUAAUAAUAAUAAUAAUAAUAACUGCCUGUCUAUGACAGAACCUGACGACCAUUAUUACUGGUUAAAGCUGUUGUGAGCCUUGGGACAGCAGGCUCAUCCUCCUACCCAGGGGGUCUUCAGCGACCUUCAACUGACCUUUCAUAACAACAUCAUUUUACAUACUGGCUGCCUUUUACAGGAACCAUCAUUAAUCUUUAUCAGUGAUUUCUACCCUUCAGCUCAUUAGAUAAGCCUCAGGUUUACUGACAUGUCGUGACUAUGAGCAUUAGUUGUUUACUUUAUUCCUUCUAAGUCCUUGUGUGGUCGUAAAGUCUAUUAAUUCAUUUGAUGUUCAUGCGCCCAUCUUCUUUGUGUAAAAAAUAAAAACCCUGUAUGUAAUAGUUCACGAUCAUCUGUAUGCCUUUUAGUCCAUUUAUUCAGUUAUGACAGUAUGUUUUUAAAAUUCUGCAUGUACUUAUUUCAAAAUAAAAGACUCCUUUAUCACAGUAAUCUUUCAGUAGAUUUCUGUGAGUAAGAUGUCAAAGCAGUCGUCUCCUGAAGCUCUCUGUCUCAUUAUUAAGUGUUGUCUGGGAGGGACCACCAAACCCAGCUAUCAAGUCCCAAUGAUGAUUAAACUGUUUACAAACAGUACAGAAGCAGGACUUUUUCCACUUGAAACUUGUUUUGACGGGAUCCUACGAACUCGCCCAUAAUUAACUUGUAUGAAAAAUACAUCUGUGGGUUUUAACAAAGAAAACAAGUCAAAAUAUUCACUCUUUAAUGAGGAGAAAAGCAAGAAUCACACUUCCUCAGCUUCCACAGAAACCUUUUUUAUUCAGGUUCAAAUCCAGAGUUAAUGCCACAGCUGUUGCAUUCUGUAAAAGAGUCCCUGAGUCAGAAUAAACUAGAUUCACCGACAGUGCAAAGACGCACAUCAUGCAAAAAGUAACUGACUACAGUAAGAAACCAUGAUAAAUAAGAAAGUUGGAAAAGGCUCCAUAAGCAUGUUGUGUGGCUACAGCCUUCUGUCAGUGGCUUUAAUUAGAGGAGAGGCAACAGGUAAGAAAGAGCAGCUCCAAACCUGAAAGGUGAAUUUAGUGACUACACCGCGGAGGCUUUCAGACCGCUCUAGAAACCCUGUCUGCUGUCGCUGUUUGACUGCUGCACAUUUGGUUGUAUCCUGAAAGCCCGGCCCGUCAUUCUCAGAGCUAUUGCAAAAUAACAGAAGAGCACCUUAGCCGUUUCUACAACUGAAAAUAGUGAUCAUUUACAUUAUGUACACGUUUGUACAGUCAACAUCCUGCCACCUUACGUGACCACAUAUUCAAGAUGUCCUCAAGACAUUUGAUGGACACUUUGUAAAUGUGCCAAGAGAAGAAGAGCUCAGAGGCUUUCUUAACUUUUAAAGUGAGAGUGACAUUCAUUAGAUCAUCGAUGUGCAGGUUUUCAGGAUUCAGGAGGUAUUUGAACCAUCAACCUUCUCAAUACUGUGUCUUUGUGGAAAGUGUUGAUGUGUCAUGAUAAAUGAGAGAUGAGGCAUGUUGAUGGGACUCCGUGAAAAUGGUUCAUUCAUGAAGAAGGAAAACUGCAAAAAUGGCUGAAAUGUCUUUUUUUUUUCUUGACAUGGAUUUAAUGACCCCGGCUCUGAGAGUAAUAUUCAUCUGUUCUGAUCUGCUGUGCAAACAGAGACACUCACACAAAAUCAAAUAAGUCCAAAGAGUAAGAUUUGUGAUUAAAUCCUUUAAUAAUCUCAAGUGUUUGGUUGAAGAAAACAUAAAAAUAGCUUUAGAAAACAAAACAAAGCCGACCCAAGAGGUGCCAUUAACUGAAGAAUCUGAGAUUUUAUAAAAGAGGAGUCAAUUUUGGAUGUAAGUGGAUUUGAAAAACAAACACAAGUUAGCACAUUUCUAUUUCUUUUCUGGAUAAAAAAACAACCGGCGCUUCGUUUUUCAAAUGGCCUCCUCCGCUUUCUCCGAGUUUGACAGACGCUAUUGACCCGAUGCCAGAAUGGGUUGGACUGCGUUCAAAUCUGAUGCUGAAUGUUGGGAUCAAAAGUGGAAGAAAAAUAAAAAAGAUUACAGGAACUACAUCUCUGAACACAUCGUUGAGGUAAAGCAACUCCAAGCAUCGUUUUGUAUAAAAUCUUGAUUAAUUACAAAGAAAGCUCUCCGUACAUCAGAGCCAACUAAACCUUUUCCAUUUGAUUCAAUUCUUUAUGUUAAUUUAAAACACGAUACUUGGAUACUAAUCCUAGCAACUUGCUUGCUAAAGCAGAGGGGGGGUUAUUCCUUCACUACCACAUAGGCUCAGUGGGCUUCUACGUUUUCACACAAAAAUGAAGCAGCACUGUCUAUUAUUAAGGCUUGCAUGAAAUCUAUGUUGAGAUAAGUCUAGGAGGACGCACACAGAAUAUUGCUGCAGAGGGGUGACGAUCCCCAAAAAGACCGAACUAAUGAAACAAAACUGAUGAUUAAUACGAUAUAUGGCAUGGAAGAAAAGAAAAGGGAGCGGGACAGAACCGUGUCCCCUCCACGUCUUGCUACUAUCGUUUGCGUUACAGAGCAGGAAGUGUCACGCUGUCACAACGAAGAUCAUCCACUCAUUGACAACAGCAGUCGAGAUGUUUUUUUUGUGACGGGUUGGAGAAAGCAACUGUGGGAUGACAGAUUCUUGGAUUCGUGUAUUUGA